AUGUCUCAUGUCGUUGUCGUCCUCCAAGACUCUCUCUCGCCCGUCUCGUGGCUCACGCCUGUGACUUACUCGGCCAGUGCUGUGCAGUUUGGUGAAAUGGGCGACCUCUCUGGCGAUGGCCAUGCGGACGUCGUCGCUGCUACUAGCGGAGGCCAUUUUGCCUGGUGGUCAAACAACGGCUCCGGCGUUCUCACGAGCAAGCCGGCCAUUGCUGCUGGACUAGGCCUGCGCAGACUUGUCAUUGUCGACAUUGAUAGUGAUAAUGAUGCUGACCUUCUGGCGGCGGACUACUCUGGCUCGGCCGUUGUUCUCGCCACCAACGAUGCGGGUGACGGCUCCAGCUGGACGGUGAGCACAGUGUCUGUGACUAGUGGCGUGUGGGCGGUGGUGGUGGGCGACUUUAACGCUGACUCUCUCCUCGAUGUUGCCCAUGUGUCUUCAACAACUUCCGGGCUUGGUUGGGCGAUGGCGACUACGCCGGGAGUCUUCGGGCCCAAGCAGUCGGUGCCUGGGCCGUCUCAAGGGAAGGAUGUUGCCGCUACUGACGCCGAUGCCGAUGGCGACAUUGAUCUUGUUGUCGCCGCUGUCUCCAAACUCGUUGUGUACCUCAACACGGGCUCUGGCGCCUCGUUCUCGCCCGUUGAGUUAUACUCGAACAUCGAUGACGGCCAGUUCUUGGGUGUGUUUGGCGUCGAGGUUGCCGACGUCGAUGGUGACGGCCUGUUCGAUUGGAUUCUUUCAGCCAAUAAUUCUGGGCGGGUGUUUUGGUUCUCAGCAGCGGCAACGCAGUCGGCCAUGCUCUACCCGUUUGACGUCGGUACGCAGCUCGUCUCGCCGGCAGUGGCCAAUGUACUGACGGUCGCCGCCGGCGACAUUGAUAAUGACGGGUGGGAGGACGUUGUGUCGCAGCAGAGCACGGGAGUCGUGAACGUGUAUCGCAACCAGGGCGGCACCGGCUCGUUUGCCAACGGUAUCACGGUCAUGACAAUACCAGACCCGAUUGCUGGCGGACUGGUACUCGCCGACCUUGAUCAAGACGGGGAGCUUGAUAUGGUGGCCGCUUCAGCCCCCGGGAGUGGUGGGUCGAUCAUGGGUUGCUGGAGCCUCCCGGUGUCACUUUCCUGCGUCUUUCCCUUUUCAGUCUCUCUUGUCGACCUGCCGCGCUGGAUCGAGGUGAGUGAUGUCGACGCGGAUGGCUUUCUUGAUGUUUUGUGGAGUGACGUCAACGGCGUGCACUGGGUCCAGAAUGUGGGAAAGGAGGAAGCAUGGAAUAACUUUCAUUUAGUUACUGCAACUGGAACAACCGCGACCAAUGCCGUGGGCGACAUUGACGCCGACGGCGACGUCGACGUGGCGGUUGUCUCGGGAAACGACGUGGUAGUUCUCGGCAACACCGGCAACGGCACGUUUGCAGUGGUCGACACCGCAGUUCCGCCGCCGCCGCUGUCUACGCUCGCCGCCAAUGCAUUGAUGAUCGCCGACCUCAACGUCGACGGACUCGGUGACAUUGUGGGGUGCGGCAGCGGGGGAAAUCGCUAUGUCUUUGCAGCAGUGCAGAUCGCGCCAGGCGUUUUCGGCCCGAUCUUUGGUCUGGCGACUGUUGUGGACUUUCCCGGUGUGGGCACAGACCUUAUUGUCACAGACCUCAACAGCGACUCUGUGCCAGACCUGGUUGUGGCGACGUCCAACUUGCUCUUUGCCCACGUCAACAUGUACGGCGACCCGACAGGGACUUGGAGCUCGCAGCAGCUGCGCGAGACCGACCCGCAAGCGGUUUACCAUGUGGUCAACCUCGACGCAGAUGGCGUCGGUCUUCGCGACAUUGCUUACUCGCGCUAUAAUGAGCUUGCGGCCCAUACCAGAGAUGUUCCCGACAUGCUCGACGCAGCUGCGUGGCGGCCGACGUUCAGUCGAGUGCUUGGCAGCGAUGUCAACUGCCGGAGCUUGCGCGAGCCAGGAAGUUGUGUUUCCGGCGGCGACGUACACCAGCUGCCCGACGGCAAACCUUCAGUUGUGGAAGUCGGCCACGGUGAACGCCACAGGCGUAGUGAUCGAUUGCGACCACCGCAAUGGGGGGCGUUCCGCAUUGGCACCAAUGUCUCGGUCUCGUUUGCUGGCCUCUCUGCCAUCAACUCGACAGGAACUACGAUGCUCAUGGUCGAAGGCGAGGGUGCAGAGCUGGUCUUGACUCACUGCCACUUUGCGACUUUGGGCUCGACAUUGUCCAAUGGGGCUGUGGUGUCUGUGACUUCCGGCGGAGUGCUGGUGAUGACGGACUCGACGGCGGUUGACAACCUUGCGACCAUUGGUGGUGCGGUGUUCGUGGUGAGUGGGACACUUCGUUUGGAGCGAGUCCACUUUUCGCUCAACCGCGCCACCAUGGGUGGUGGCUCUGUUUACUCGCGAGAUUCAUCGUCUAUCAUCAUUGGGUGCACGUUUGAGAACGGGUCGACGUUCUCGUUCAGCAGCUUUGGCGGUGGCAUCGCUUUCGAGGGCGGAACAGCUCUUAUUGCGAAUUCCAAGUUUGCCAGGCUGGCAUCAGGCAACGGUGGCUGUGUCACGAUCUAUGGGAGAAGCUUUGAAGUCUCGGUCGAGAUUGUCGACACGACGUUUGUCGACUGUUCUGCGCGCAGUGUCGGCGGAGCUGUCAACAUUGCCUUGUCGACCAGUGUUUCACGAUUUCUUAUGACGCGAGUCUCCAUUUCCAACUGCCAUGCUGCCGAGAUUGGGGGUGGCAUACAUAUUCGGAGCGUCCAAGACGCGGUUCUGACGGAUGUGACCAUCUCGUCGACAAGUGCGGACCUGGCUGGCGGCGCUCUGGCCUGCGAAGAUUUUUCUUCUUCCUCGGUGUCGUCUACCAAGGUUUGGGACCUGAGUCCUGUGGCAUCGGGAACGUCGACUUCGUCUGUGACGAUGGCUGGGUCUGGACUGUCUAUGACGUCUGUGUCGGCAGGUAUUGGCGGUGGCCUGUUCCUCUGCUCGUGCACUGUGAGUGGACCGAUGACGAUCAUCGAUGCUAGCGCAAGCGCGGCAGGCGGGGCCGGGUUUGGGUGUGUGAGCGAGCCUGCGGCGUUUCCGGCGUCGGGCCCGCCGGGCACGGUGUCGUCGAGCGUGGGAGCAGACGGCUACGGCCCGGGAUGGGCGACGGUGCCGGAGAAGUUUGUGUGGAUCCAACCGCCGAGUGCGCGGAUUGGAUCGGCGCUCUUGCUGGCGGGCGUCUCGAUCGAGCUUCUGGAUGGAGUCGGGCAACGAGUGCGGGCGAGUGAGAUUCGGAUUGGAGUGACGAUCCUGGACGUGGAGGAGGACAAAGUGGAGAACAUCGGACCGACGGCGAUUCCGCAGGCUGGCGACGGGAGCUUCUCGCUGGUCUCGUCGUCACUGGGCAUGUACGGCCCGCCGUACGACGACGUGCCUCUGCGGCUCGAGGUGGGACUGACCGACGGGGUGCGGAGCGACCUGGCAAGCACGUCGACGAUUGCGGUGACGCUGACGGCAUGCCCGCCCGGAACCGGCGGUGGACCUGCGGACGAGUCGCCGUGGCUGGUCUGUACGGUAUGCGGGGUGUCCGAGGUGUCUGAGGAGACAUCGGUGGCGCCGUGCGCGCUCCGUGAUCCAUGCCCUGAUUCGACGGUUGCGGUGGAGCAGAACCGGACUGUGAGCUGCGUGUGCAAGGAUGGUUUCUACUCGCACGCCGGGCGUGUCGAGGGUGAGGCGUGCGAUGAGUGUCCUCCGGGAGGGCUGUGCGCGCUCGGCAGCGAUGAGCCUGUUCCACUGGUGGGCUUUUACCCUGUGGGCGACGGCACGUUUGUGGCGUGCAGGCGUGCGGCCGGGUGCGUGGGAGGAUCGAACGUGGCGCCGUGUAGGCGCGGAUACUCGGGCUUUAUGUGCAACGAGUGCGAGGCCGGGCACUACUCGGACGCGUCCGGGGCGUGCGUACCGUGCCCCGAGGCAGCAGUCUCGACGUUUGUGUCUGCGCAGGUGAUAAUUGUGCUUGUGGCCAAUGGGGUGGCGGUUGGGGUUGGAUGGGCACUUGUGCGGGCCGGAAUCCGGACCGGGACGGCGACGGGCGAGGUCAAGUCGCAGGCGCAGCUGAUCCGGGCGUUUCGGCGGCUGACGUCGCCGGCGUCACCGUCGAUGGUGCUUGUGGCCUUUCAGCUUGUGGGGCUUGUGGUGGACAUAGACCUGGCGUGGAGCGGGGCGACACGCGACUGCGCGGUGGCGUCGUUCCACACCAAGUACGCGCUCACUGUCCUCCUCCCUGUUGUUUUUCUCGGACUUGUCUUUGGUACGCUCAUUCUGCUCAAGGUCGUGGCGCCCAAGGUGGGAUUUUUCCACGGGCUGGAUGAGGUGGCUGUGAGCACGCUGGCGGAUGCGGUCUUGUUCACCAUCACGCCGCUGCUGUACAUUCCGAUGUCUCGGGCGACGCUAUUGAUCUUUGACUGCGUGCGACUGCCAAACGGGCGGCUUGUUCUGGACACCGAUCCUGGCGUGGCGUGCUUUGAUGCGGCGUGGUGGGGUGUGGCUUGGUUGGGGCUCUGCUCUGUUGUGGUGUAUGUUGUGGGCAUCCCGCUGUACUUUGCUUACGCACUCGGACAGCACCGUCACGAGCUCUUCUCGCCGCAGGUGACGCUCCGGUUGGGAGCGCUGUAUCGGCUGUACCGGCGCAAGUUCUACUGGUGCGGCGUGGGCGAGCUCGGUAAGCGGCUAGUUAUUGUGCUUGUGGCCGUCUUCUUCUCGGGCAUGAAGCUGUUGCUCAUCGGGACACUGCUUAUGGUGCUUGUGACGUCGCUCCUCUGCGUCGCGCGGUGGCAGCCGUACUACUUUCCGCUGUACAACUCGCUAGACAUGCGGCUCAACGCGGCGGUGUGUCUGGUUGUUUUCCUUGGCGCAGCGUCAUACGCAGAGCGGCAGGCUUCGCCCAACUCCACCAUGUUCCUCGUCUCGGCCAUCGCGGCCGUCAUCGUCCUCCUUGCGGUCUCGAUCCACGGCAUUGCCAUGGACGUGAUCCUUAUUGUCCGUGACCGGCGGGCAACGUACCUUGCGGCCAACGAUCGCCAGCGACGGCUGAUGGCGGUCAUUACCAGCGAGCUGCAGGACGUGGAGGCCGGACCGGACGUCCUCCGCGAUGCCGGGCGCUUCCUCGCCUCGCUCGACUCUGCCGUCGCCGCCGGCGUGUCGUCGGUGGAGAACACCACAGAUGUGGGCGAUCUCGGCGAGGUUGGAGAGGUGGAAAUGGACGGGCUGAUUUAG